AUGGACUGUCAGAUUGGAUCGCGCCGCUGUGCCACUUGGGACGAAAUCGAAGACGCUCCUCAAAUCAAGAGACUUCGAGAGGACAAAGUGCAAGAACAAAUCCCUCAGCAACCAAUUCAACAUCAAGUCGUCCAGCAGCAACAACAAAAGCAGCUUCCAGCGCAACAAAAUACUCCAGCUCCAGCCGAGACUCCAAAGUUUUACAUCUCCGCACCAAUCCAAGGUUUCACAGUCAACAACGAAGGCGGGUGCCGUUACUUGUUCUUCUAA